AUGACGUCCGGCUUCGCAACCGCAAAGGUCGAAGCGAGUCGACAGUACAAGAGGUUGAGCAUGCUACUCACAAAAGCAUCAGCGGAAAGAAAAACUCUUCAUCUCGAAGAACAAGCAGAAUGGUCCACAAUGGAUGCAGGGCUCGACCAGUUCUAUCGCGUCGUUCGCAAAUUCGUCAAUUUACGAAUCUUGGCUGGACCCUCUCUCGAUGCCCUAUUUCCUUCUCACUCUUCUCAUGUCGUGGAACCGUCCGCCAUCACCCACAGUACCCUGUAUCCUUUUCGGAACGUUGAAGAGCUGAGACUCAAUGGUCUAUGGCUCAAUCGGCGUGAAGGAAACAUCAUCCCUAGCGAUUUGAUUCGGUGCCUGCUCGAUCUUCCACACAUAAAGACGCUCAUUGCACAUAUUCAGGCGGGUAACGAGAGCGCGUACCCUUCAAUGCACCCGCCCAGCGAAAUUAGCUGUGCUCUCCGGCAUUUAGAAUUGACAGUGGCUAAUGGACAUUUAAUGGACAGUUUGACUCAGUUUCUUCAACUCACCAAAGAGCUAGAGACGUUCAAAUUGGAAGAUCGGACAACACGCACACUCUUGCCAGGGUUUACCAACUCGUUCAUGGGAUAUCCUACCCCAGUGUUAGACAUUCCCCGGGUUAUUAAGGCUUUAUCGAGGAGCUAUAGCUCCCUAUUAUGUCUCCACAUCGUACAAUACGAUUCAUCUUCUCCAGUAACUCGUGAGCGGGUACGCAUCUCUUUUCGGCAGUUCACCGCAUUGCAGACUCUGGUUAUUCCCUUUACACCCAUGUUACCUACUGAUCUGGACGAUAUACAACCCGACAGGAGAUGCUUUCCGAAAUCACUCACAACUCUUACUUUUUUGCGAGGGUCUAGGAUCUCCAUUGAUGAUCUCAUUGUCAUCUUUCGUAUGUUACGGGAUACACUGAGAGAGCUGGGAGCAUACGUGAUUGGAUAUUAUGGGCAAUUGCCGUUGAUUGUCCUAGGUAAGCAUACAGUAACCCUAGGUGAUCGGUUUCAAGCGGCCCAGUGGAUGUGCAUUCGGAUCGAGACACCAGAGAGAUCAAAGAUAAGGAUUGGUGACUUGACCUAG